UCUCCGCGGCCUGCGGCGGCGCCUGCGUCGCCGCCGUGCAGCCACGGCCCGGGGGGCUGCUGCGGGGGUGCCCAGCACCAUGCCAGGAUCGGCCCGUGGGCCCGCCAGGCGGCAUGCACCUGCUGUGGAACUACGCCCUCGCGCGCGCGAGCGCGGACGGCGACCUCGAGAGCAUCUGCCGCGCGAUCCACGCGGGGGCGGACGACAUCGAGACGCGGGUGUCUCCCGACAUGCGCGGGCGCCGCGCCCGGGCGUGCGACACCACCUGGGAGGAGAGCCCACGGUGCUGGAGGGCCUGUCCCCGCAGGCCGAGGAGGUGCUGGAGCUCGGCGAGCACGGCGCCAUGA